ACGAUGCGGAACAGCUCGGUUCUGUGAGAGGUUCGUCUCUCCUUUUGGCUCUCCAUUUUUAGCCCAGUUGCUUCUGCCUUGCUGUCUCUUUUUGUUCUGGGGAUACAAAACUCCAGCCCUUAUAGCCACCCAUUCCCCUGCACGCGUCCCUGGGAGAGGCUGGUUACUACAGCAACCACAGACUCUCGCGAGACAGAAUACACGCCUGCGCAGUGCUGUGCCAGGUUUAGUCCACACACCACGCCUGACGCCCCUGACUGGGAGUGACGUAAUGCAGAGGCAGGCUGAUUUUGACCAGGCCGCACAAGACGUGAGGAAGCUGAAAAGCAGACCGGAAGAUGAAGAACUCAAGGAACUCUACGGGCUCUACAAGCAGUCAGUCAUUGGAGACAUCAACAUUGCAUGCCCAGCAAUGUUAGAUCUAAAGGGUAAGGCCAAAUGGGAAGCUUGGAACCUCCAAAAAGGGUUGUCGAAGGAAGAUGCCAUGUGUGCCUAUAUUUCUAAAGCGAGAGAGCUGAUUGAGAAAUAUGGAAUUUAGAAGGUGACGGAGAAAUCAGAUCUCCUUUGGAAGCCUUCAUAUGCAUCAAUAAUUCUCUAAACAAAAUCAUGGAUCUUUUCUAUUAGGAUGAGUUAUGAUACUUAGGACUGUCAGCAUGGUUACCUGAUUUUACUCACUUGAGCAAGAUGACAUUAAAAAGUUCCUUCCCAAAUAUUGUUUUGUAGUAUGCACAUGCGCUUUAAUAAAUAUACUUUCUUUUGCAUUUA